AUGAUUCGUACAACAUACUCAUUACUUUUACUUUCUUUUGUUAUUGCUAUCGUUUAUUCAACAGAUCAUUUUGUUGAAAAAUUUGAAGAUGAAAGUUAUACAAAACGAUGGGUACAAUCAGCAGCAAAAUCAGAUUUAGGUGAAUUUAAAUUAUCACAUGGUAAAUUUUAUGGUGAUGCUAAAAAAGAUCUUGGUCUUCAAACAUCACAAGAUGCACGUUUUUAUGCUAUGUCUGCUAAAUUUGAUUCGUUUUCAAAUGAAGGAAAAACUCUUGUUGUUCAAUUUACUGUAAAACAUGAACAAAAAAUUGAUUGUGGUGGUGGUUAUGUUAAAGUUUAUCCAGCAGAUACGAAUCAAAAAGAUAUUACUGGUGAUUCACCAUAUCAUAUUAUGUUUGGUCCUGAUAUUUGUGGUUAUGAUAAAAAGAAAGUUCAUGUUAUUUUUACAUAUAAAGGCAAAAAUUUAUUAAUUAAAAAAGAUAUUAAAUGUAAAGAUGAUGAAUUCACACAUCUUUAUACAUUAAUUCUUAAUUCUGAUAAUACAUAUGAAGUUCGUAUUGAUAAUGAAAAAGUUGAAAGUGGUAAACUUGAAGAAGAUUGGGAUUUCACUGUACCAAAACGAAUUCCUGAUCCAAAUGCUAAAAAACCAUCAGAUUGGGUUGAUGAAGAAAAAAUUGAUGAUUCAGCUGAUAAAAAACCAGAAGAUUGGGAUAAACCAGAACAUAUUCCUGAUCCUGAUGCUAAAAAACCAGAAGAUUGGGAUGAUGAAAUUGAUGGAACAUGGGAACCACCAAUGAUUGAUAAUUCCGCAUAUAAAGGUGUAUGGAAAGCUCGUCAAAUAGAUAAUCCAGCUUAUAAAGAUAUAUCAGUAAUUGGUUUUGAUUUAUGGCAAGUUAAAUCUGGUACUAUCUUUGAUAAUAUUAUUAUCACAGAUAGUGUUAAACGUGCUGAAGAAUUUGGUAAUGAAACAUGGGGUAAAACAAAAGAUGCUGAAAAAAAAAUGAAAGAUUCACAAGAUGAAGUUGAAAGAAAGAAAGAAGAAGAAGAACGAAAAAAACGUGAAGCUGAAGAUAAAAGUAAAACACCAGGCGAUGAUGAUGAUACAGAUACCGAACAUGGUAAAUCAACUCAUGUACAUGAUGAUGAAUUAUAA